AUGCUAAAAAAGUUUAAAUAAGAAAGGUAAUAGAGUAAAUUCUAGAACAUAUAAAUAUUUUUAUUUUUGAUGAUGAGUAUUAUGCAUUUGAAUAAUAAUGAAAAAAUAUAUUGAUCUUCAUUAUAUAUAAAUAUGAAUCUGCUCAAGAGGGAACAUUGCAUUUUUAAUUUAGUAUUAUUUCAUCUACUUUUAAUCAAUCCAAUAUUUAUGAGGAAUUGAAACGUCUACAAGUAUCAUAAAAUUUAUUUAUAAAUGCAUCUGUUUUGUUGAUAAACAAUUAAGUAAAUUAAAAGAGUUCAUUUUGUAAAGUAUAAAAAUCAAUAAGUAUAUUUUAUAGAAUACUUAGGUUAAUAAAAAUUAUUUUACGGAAAUUUUACUAUGUAAUUAGUACCAUAAAAAUAAGGAUUAAUUUGAAAUAAAAUUAUAAUAGUUAUCACAAGUGUGUUAAGAAAUUAUGUAAAUUAGUUGUUUGAAUGAUGAUUUUUUUAUAUUUAUAAUUAUGAAUGAAAGAGAUAGCCUCAUUGAUGUAAAUUUUAAUAUGUUUUGAAGGCAAAUGCUCCAUCUUAUAAUCCCUUAAUCCAUAAAAUUGCUAAGAACACUGAAUACACAGUUAAAAAAGCGAUGAUAAGUGCAAAUGCAGUAGUUGAAGGAGGUAUUAAGAAUCCUUCUCUGCCUGAUGAAAUUCUCACAAUUCAAGAAAAUCAAAUGAGAUUUUUGAUAAUGCUAGCAACUCUCUAGUUUUUUACUUUAUUAGUUAUAGGAAUAUUUUUGGUCAUAGAAUUGUUUACUAUUUAUGAAGAAAUAUCGAUUAUCGUUUUAUUAAUAUUAUUGGUUAUUUAUGUAAUAACUUUGGUUGUUGGAUAAUUCGAAUAAGAUAUCACAUAAUCAUUUCCUAAAAAUAUAAUAUUGUUUGUAUGAAAUAGUUAUUACUAUAAUUGUAUAGAUCAUCAAUUCAUUAUCUAGAAUAUUUUGGAUAGCUUAUUUAGUAGUGUUAAUUGAUUUCAUAAGAUUUGAAUUGAUUUAAUUAUUAAUAUUCGUUAAUUUACUUUUGAUGAUAAUCUUUUUUCAAGUUGAUAGGAAAUCAAACACAAAAAACUGCUUUCUAAUAAAAAAUUAAUUAUUAAGGUAAUUAUUGUAAAUAAUAAAAUUAGGAUAAGUAUAGUAAUUAUUCUAGAAUUUGGGGGAGUUUAUUCAGUCUUAUUGUUUGAUAAUUUUGAAACUGCAACUCUUUGGUAAUUUUUAAUAUAAUUAGGUUUGUGAUCAUAAUUCUUCUUUAUUUUUGGAUGCUUUUGGAAAUUUAAUUAAUUGAAUUUCGAAAAAAAUUAUAUAAAAAUGAUAAUAUUUGGUAUUUUGCAGCUAUCAUUUUUGAUGGAGAUCUUAUUUUCCCUUGUUUCUUUGUUAAUAAGUAAUUGCUAAACGAAGAGUUUGAUAGUAUUUUAAUAUGA